ACUAGAAAUCUGGUCUCUCUUAAACGCAACUGUAAAAUAUCGAUACUUCCGUAAAAGUUUUGGCCUAUUUUAGUAUAUUUUGUGGCUUCGCCAAAACUUGUGUUUUGAAACUGAACGAACUUGCGGUCACGCUGCUGCGCUGCAUUUGUAAUUUGCACAUCCAGCGGGCAAAACCAAUACGAUUUUCCGCUAUGGCGCUCCAGACAAUACUUUUCGAUUUUACACUGGAUGCUGAGAAAACAGCAACAUCUUCGCAACGUCAGGACGUUGCCCGUGUCGUUCGUAACGAGUUGGAACAUGUGUUCUCCCAGCUGGAAUUGGCAUAUUCCAUGGAAUCCCUGGAUGGCGGAUAUUUUGCGGUGCUGCACGAAAAUAAGGAGACCAUUAUCACUUGCCGCAUCUUCCAGCAGGGGCUGCUGACCAUCAAUGUGGAAUACUAUUUGGCCGACGGCAAGGAGCCUUUAAUGUCCUUUGAUACCAUGCGUACAAUGGAACUGAUUCUACGUCAGAAAUUAGAUUCCGAUCGCUCCAAGUAUUUACCGCCGAUAAAACGUGGUGGAUAUAUUGAUAUAUACAUGACUAGCUCAGCAUGCAUGUACACAUUUAGUAGCCCCAAAGUAAUUGCGUCGAUGCAAAAUGAACGCAUCAUCGAGUAUGACAUUGAUACACUGGUCUAUGAGGCACGUUCGCCGUUCCAGAAGAUUCAGAUUAUGCACUCCAAAACGCUGGGAAAUAUGCUAAUCCUCGAUGAACUGCAGAACAUUGCCGAGUCCGAUUUGAUUUACACAGAGACCCUCAUGGGUCGCGGCAUUGAGAACUACGAGGGCAAGGAGAUUUGCAUUCUUGGCGGCGGCGAUGGAGCUCUCUUGUAUGAGUUGCUCAAGGAGAAGCCAAAGCAUGUCGUUAUGCUGGAGAUUGAUGAGCUGGUCAUGCAGGCCUGCAACAAGUAUUUGAACACCAUUUGUGGCGAUGUCUUGGAGAAACGCAAGACCGAACAAUACGAGAUCAUUGUGGGCGAUUGUGUGGAGUAUAUGAAAAAGUUUAUCGCUGAUGGCCGCAAGUUUGAUUACGUUUUCGGAGAUCUUACUGAUAUACCCAUCUCGGGUGCACCGAUUGGUGAAUGCUGGGAUUUUAUACGUACCAUUUUUGAGCAUUCAUUCAAGUUGUUGAAACCAGAUGGCAAGUUCUUGACUCAUGGUAAUGGCACCAGCUGCUUGGAAUCGUUGCAGUUGUUUGAGGAUCAGUUGCGUUUGCUGAAGCCGAAGGUGAAGUUUACCACAUCGAAGGCAUUUGUGCCGUCAUUCAUGGAAGAAUGGCUGUUCUAUCAAGUGACCUUUGCUUGACCAGCUCAAGAAAAUGCACGAACGCGACGACAAGAAGCACCACAAUUACAACUAAAGACAAUUAAUGAUGAACCAACAAUAACAACAACUAACACAUUGUGUCUCCAAAAUGCUACAUCCAUCACAACAACACCACAAGUUUACACAACAACCGCAACACAAGUAGAAGAGAAGCAACCCGAGCCCAACGACAUCAGGGAGCCGCUGAAACUGCACAGCUACACCGUGAUACUGCAUUCAGCCCGCGAGGAGGCAUCACAACAGCAGCCAAAGAAUCUGAAGCGUCGGAAGAGACGUGUGCACUAUCAUCAUGCUCUGGUUUCGUAGUGGAGGCUAUAUUCGAAAUCAGAGAUCAGAAAAACAAAAAAUAAACCCAAGGAAUAAGGGAAGCAAAAAGACAAUUAUAAAACUACAUAACAUCACCGAAACUCACACUUCCAAUGGCUGUAACUAGCAUCUGAAAAAAACCCGAAACCAAA